CUGUUCCCUUUCCUGCGUGGGCUGCAAGCCCCCCUAGCCCCUCGCAGUGCUGCUCAUCCAGCAGGGUUUCCUUGGGACCCUCCGGGACUCCAAGCGCUCCCAUCCCAGCAGGCUGCUGCACCAUGUUCCCCUUCUCCAAAAAACACAAGACUCCCAUCAGCACUUACACCGACUCCUACCGCCCACCAUGCACCAUCAAAAAGACCCUCUACAAGCACAUUCCGCAGCCUCUCUGGAGGGACAACAACUUUGUGACCAAGGGAUUAACAGUGCCCCCCGUGCAAAAUCCGGCGAGCCAGAGUGAGCCUGAGCAUCUGAUUAACGUGGCCAUGCAGGAAUACUACAGGAACACCAUCAAGUCCACAGCCUACUGGACAGACAAGUACCUGCUGGCCAGGUCUGAAGAGAAGUACAAGCCAGUUUUUGUCAACGAGGGCAAAUACAUCACCUGGAGAGCAACUCCCUACAACAGCGCAGCCUGGAAUAAGCACUGCUGUUACCUCCCCCUCCUGCCCAGGGUGACAAGGGUGGAGACCUCUCUGAACAGCUUAUGCGUGCCGUACCCCCUGAGAUCCACCUGCCUCAGUGAAUUUGAGAAGGAGUUGGUCGCCAACGUGCCGCUCAAGCUGCCCUUGUACACCACGACGGGGAGGGGAUGCUUCCAUGGCUACUACAGCCCCUGGUCUGGGCGCCACUACUGGCUGCGAGGGAUCGACUACUACGUGGAUGGGAACUCUGCCAUCAGAAGACAUCUCCGUGCACUAGGAGAGAGGGCUAAGUAUCCUGUGCUGCGGUUACAGCCUCACAACAACGUUGUGUGGGAUUCGACCUUCUUCAUGACCACAGGAGGACCCCAGAGAGCGAGCUAUGUCAUCCACCCCGAGUUUGCCUCAGAGGCUUCCUCUGCCCUGUGUCACUGGUGA